GGCUGAAGCAAUUCUACAUAUUUUCAUUUUUAAAAAGCCGUUGGCGUACAUAAUGUUAUUUAACAGUUGCCCAGCAGUCCAAUUGGACUGAUAACGCGACAAAAGUCAUGAAGUUGGCUGCGCAACUGAGAUACGUUUUGCCAGCCCUGGUACUACUGCAGAGUAAAUAAAUAAAAAUCAUGAGCCAUCAUCAUCAUCACCACCACGAACACGAGGAUUCACCGACAAAAACACAGCCCCAAGAUGAUGAAAACUAUAAUUUGCUUUGCCAGGCACACGAGGAAUUCAUCAACUGCGAAUACGACUGCUGUUUGGAACUGCUGCAGCAGCUGGAAGCGCGAGGUGAGAACAGAAGUAGUCUCCUUACUCUGCGCAACAAUCGUGCAGUAGUUAACUUCUACAAAACGGGUUGCAUCCAACAUAUGCCGCUGCUACAAGAGCUCGAACAGCUGGUAGACACAAAAUUCGAGGGCGGCCAUCACCAGGAAGCGGGUGUGGCACAUCUAUGCCUGAAGCAUGGCGGCAACGCUAUAACUGUGGCACGCUAUAACAGGGCAGUUAUUUAUUAUCAUAGGCAUAUGUAUGGCACCGCAUUGGAGGCACUAACACCGUUGGUGACGAGGCUGCCGGCGCUUGAGAGGCAUAUGACAGUGCUAGUGGCUACGUUACAAAUGCUGCUGCUGAUAGCCACCAAUCAGCUAAAUCGCGCUGAGGUGUUUUUAGACUACUUGCAGUAUAAGAUGAACUUGGUGGGCACUGCGCCCAUUCCGAAUCCAAGCGGUAGUCCAGAGGAGUCUGCUGUUGCUGCUGCAGCAACACCAGCAGUAACACCAACCGCUGCGCUGGAGAACGCAGUAACGCGUGUCGCUGGCCCGUUGCAGGUACUACAAUUGCUAACGCUUGUGCUCAAUCGGAAGCCCGUGCUGGUUACAGAGGAUGGAACGCCGCAAUUUGCAGCACUGAAGGCGCAGCAGUAUUAUAUCAUGAAGGACUUUCAAAUGGCGGCCAAGCAACUAAUGCGAAUCAAUGAUGAAAGCACGCAGGCGGGCACUGUUACACCACAACUUAGCACGUAUAUAGCCAACAACAUGGGCGUCAUUCAUCUGCGUGUGCGUCAUUAUGCAAUUGCUGCUAAAUUCUUUCAGAAUGCUUUGCGUUUUGAUCAGCAGCUGGCGACAAAUUUGCGACAGUGCACGCUGGAAACGAUGGGCUCGGCGCGUUCCUGUGAGAUUAUGUAUAAUCUGGGCCUUGCCAUGCUGCAUUUGCGGCGACCCAAGGAGGCAUUCCAAUGCUUUCUGGUGCCUGUCAAGCAAUAUCACAGCAAUGCUCGUCUAUGGUUUCGUAUGGCUGAGGCUUGCAUCAUGGAACAUGAGACGAAGCUGCUGAGUGAGGAGCAUCAGUCCACUGCAGGCAGCAACAGCUCUAGCACAACCAAGCCAUAUGGUGCUCCAUGCUCUGCUGUGCCAGAGCCCACACUCGAAUUUGCCGCGUUGUGCUUGCGCAGCGCGCUCACCCUAACGCUGCAAUACAAAACCACAUUUCGAAUGGGUGGCACGAGCGAGGACUCCACAUUGGCACCGUGGUCUCAGCUGCAGGACAAUAACUUUUGCAAUCCGUCCAAGCCUAUAAGCCUGGAAUCGCUGGAAGUCAUGCUGGCAUCCAUAUAUGCAGCAUAUAGUUUUGCUUCGCUGCGUCUGGGUGAUCACGUAACUGCGCUGGAGAUGGCCAAGCAGCUGCUGCAAAGCGAACGCUUAUCUGAUGCGCAUAAAUUGCUGGGACAUAUGUAUGCUGGCGAGGCGCUUAUGCUAAUGAACAAAGCCGCUGAGGCACGCGAUCACCUGGAGCCUACAUUUGUAAACAAUUUAAAUGCCAUGGAUUUGGAGACGCGCGAUUGGCAACUUAAGUCUGUGGAGGCUGCACAAAAUGUUGUCAGAUACAAUUUGGCGGUCGCCUUGGCUCUGCAGAACGAUCAUCAGACGGCCAAAAGUCUGCUGGCCACACUCACACAUCCUAUUGUUAAUAACAAAGCGUUAAGCUUGCGUCGCCACAUCGACGCCGAAUUGGCCGCUACCAGUGGCCUCAAUUAGACAAAACGAAUUAUGUAAAUUAUGUAUAGAAUGCAAACGAGAGUAAAGUGUAAUGUAUAUAAAUAAACUAUUGUACUGAA